CAGCCCUUUAGCACGACAGAAUUUGGGGGAUGGCAUGUUUUGAAUUUUGCCCUAGCCGCAAUUUUACGGGAAAGAGGGACGGUUUAGGGAAAUUAGAGCAAAAACAGGACAAGGCCAAACAUGAGACAGUCCUGUAUAAUAGGACCGCCUUCUUACCAAGUCCUAUGUUUGCCAACAAAUCACGUACCGAAAGCAGUUCUCACUACUACGUUUCUUCUCCAACUCCAAGGUUCAGAUCCGAGGAGUAAUUCUAAGCGUUCUUAUACAAGGAUUCUCAGUUUUUUGUUUCCUCAUUCAGAUUCAAAGGUUUGUUUUGCGAAAUGUUGUUUUCUGUCAUUUGUAAUUCAGAGUUUGCUUACAGUUUCACUGCAUAUUUGUAUUUGAUCUGUCAUGUUAGGAUAAAACUUGAUUUUAUUUGAAUAUGUAUAAUGCGUUAUGUGAAAACGAUGAAUAUGCGAAGAUAGAAGGCUUUAAAACAUUGAUAUGGUGUAGUUAUGAAGGCGUCGUUUUUCUGGGAUUGAUUUGUGGCACUUUUUGAAGCGGCAUCCUCAGUGAGAACUCUAAAUCGUUAAAAUAUCUGGGCUUUUUAGUUUGUGUGUUUCCUGAUCCUAAAUUUGGUGGCCCAGUUGAUACUACUAAAUUUUGAAUAUGCCAUUUUACAUAGCCAUGCAAUUUUCUUGCUGGAUGCUUAUGCUUAUGUACAUCGUGUCAGCUUAUUAGUUGACGUGGUUCAUUUGUGGUUAGUGGGAUUUCAAUGGAUUUUUUAUUUGUUAAUUAUUAAUUUUAAUUCCAAAACUUCUUAAAUACCUAUUUAAUUGUGGGAGGCUUGCUAAAUUUUGGGGGAGAUGAUAAAGAGGCAUCUGUUAUGGAGGAAUUUUGUCCUUGUUAGCAGAUAGUCACCAUCUGGAAUAUCUUCCCCAAACAUCACAACAGAAGUUUAAUGCUUGUGCUCCAUAUCACAUGGUGUUCAAGUUUGGCUCUUCUGUUACAUUUUCUACCCUGUUUUGAUUACAGUUACUGAAUGUGCCACUAUACAUGUAUGUUGUGUGGGCUUAUUAGUUGAUGUGGUUUAUACUCAUGAUAUUUCAUUGGUUGCAGAAUCCUUAUUAGAUUUUAAAUUGUUUAUUGUUUAUUCCAAAUCUUGAAUACCUAUGUCACCUUGUGGGAGGCGUGGUAAAGUUCGGGGAAGAUGGUGAAGAGGCUUCUGCUAUAGAGGAUUUUUCUUCUUGUUAUCAGAUAGCCACCUGCCAUCUGGAAUAUCUUCCCCAAACAUUGAAACCGAAGUUUAAUGCUUGUACUCCAUAAUACAUGGUUUUCAAGUUUGGCUCUUCUGUGACAUUUACCUUGACAAGGAGAAAGUCAUGCUCUUAUUCAUUGCCCAUAUUCUUCAAUUAAUUUUUCCUCAUUUACCCUUUUGCAAUUUGUUUGUAAAAAAUUCUUUCCUCAAUUGUGGAGAACUUGUUCGUCAAUAUAUCGAACACAUUGCAGUUAUGGCAGGUUUGGGGCUGGAAGGAUCACAAUUUGACACUCGUCAUUAUGAUGUGAAGAUGAGUGAAUUGCUUCAAGUUGAUGGACAAGAUUUCUUCACAUCAUAUGAUGAGGUCUAUGAAAGUUUUGAUGCUAUGGGUCUUCAAGAGAAUCUCCUCAGAGGGAUUUAUGCUUAUGGUUUUGAAAAGCCCUCUGCAAUACAGCAAAGAGGCAUUGUUCCAUUCUGCAAGGGACUCGAUGUUAUUCAGCAGGCUCAAUCUGGAACUGGAAAAACAGCUACUUUCUGCUCUGGCAUCUUGCAGCAGCUCAACUAUGGUUUAACACAAUGUCAGGCAUUGGUUCUGGCACCAACUAGAGAACUUGCACAACAGAUUGAGAAGGUUAUGCGAGCACUUGGCGACUACCUUGGUGUGAAGGUUCAUGCCUGUGUAGGUGGAACCAGCGUUCGCGAGGAUCAACGUAUUCUUUCUGCUGGUGUUCAUGUUGUUGUUGGCACACCUGGUCGUGUGUUUGACAUGUUGCGUAGACAGUCACUUCGCUCUGAUUACAUCAAAAUGUUUGUACUUGAUGAGGCAGAUGAAAUGCUAUCUCGAGGUUUUAAGGAUCAGAUAUAUGAUAUCUUCCAGUUGCUGCCAUCUAAAGUUCAAGUUGGUGUAUUCUCAGCCACAAUGCCACCUGAAGCCCUUGAAAUCACUAGGAAGUUUAUGAACAAACCCGUGAGAAUAUUGGUGAAGCGGGAUGAGCUAACUCUUGAGGGUAUUAAACAGUUUUAUGUUAACGUUGACAAGGAAGACUGGAAGCUCGAAACCCUCUGUGAUCUAUAUGAGACUUUAGCCAUCAAUCAGAGUGUCAUUUUUGUGAACACCAGACGCAAGGUCGACUGGCUCACUGACAAGAUGCGAAGCCGUGACCACACCGUCUCGGCUACUCAUGGAGACAUGGAUCAGAAUACUCGAGACAUUAUUAUGCGUGAAUUUCGUUCUGGGUCAUCUCGGGUUCUUAUUACCACCGAUCUCUUGGCUCGUGGUAUUGAUGUCCAACAAGUUUCUCUUGUGAUAAAUUAUGAUCUUCCAACUCAACCUGAAAAUUAUCUACAUCGUAUCGGAAGAAGUGGAAGGUUCGGAAGAAAAGGAGUUGCGAUAAACUUCACGACAAAGGAUGAUGAGAAAAUGCUCAACGAUAUACAGAGGUUUUACAAUGUGAUGAUCGAAGAACUUCCAUCAAACGUUGCUGAUCUUCUUUGAGGUGAUUUUUUGGGCUUUAUUCAGGUAAAAGGGAUCCUUUUGAAGCUUCUUAGCACUAGUUUAACCAAAAAAAUAAUUCCCUUCAAUUCCUUGUUUGUUGUCAUAGUUUAUUUGCGAACCAUAUUUGGGCCAUCUGAUGAUGCAUUCUGGUGAUUGCAAUUUUGUCGCAUGUAGGGUUCUUGUAACAUUCUUUGUCCCUCCAAAUUUUGUCUAAUUCCGACUGAGAUCUGUUAAAGCCAGGGUCUUAACUAUUUCUUAAUGAUGAUUUGAAUUUGAUUAGGACCAGUGAGGAACACGUGGCACAAGUUUGUAUAA